AAUCAAAAUACUUUUAUUUAAUUUCAUAUAAUUUAAAGAGAUUUUUGAUCCUUUUCCUUUUAGCAUUAUAAGAUUUGAUUUUCUGUUUUUCAGUAUAAAGAAUUUGGUUCCCGUCACCCGAAUCUGAGGCCCUCCACCACCAACAAAAAACAACAAACAGGAAACCAAAAAAAAUCGGAAAGGGGGAAUUGGUAGAGUGAACUGUACAAUAAUAAUUGCAUCAACUGCUUAUAUUGGGAUUCGCACUUUUGCUACUGCUGCUCACAUUUUCAAGAUCUGCCCAUAACAUAAACCCAAAAAAAACCUCAAAAGUAUCUACCCCUUUAAAUUAUUCAUCUUUUGCACGUCCCUCCCCCCUUUAACCUUUCUUCUCCAUUUUCUUCUGCCCCAUUGGAUGAUAAUAAUAAAAAUAGUACAUCAGAAAAGCCCAAUUUCAGCUAAAAAAAAAAAAAAAGUUGUACAGUUGACAUCCACCAACUAUAUUUUUACUAAAAAAAAAAAAGAUAAAAUUCUGCACUGAAAAAAGGCGAAUUUUUAGUUUAGGGAUUCAUGGUGGGAAUGUUUUGGCUGUACGAUUCUUGUGGGGCUAUUUUGAAUGAGUAGAACUUUUUCAAUGAUCAGUUCGCGUUGUUAGGGUUUUAUUUAUUUGGGGUUCUUGGAGCUAUAAUUGAAUCGUUUAUCAUGUUAGCACGUUGUUGUAGGUAAUAGUUGAUUCUAGGUGGAUAUAGUAGUUAGGUUGCAAAGGUAUAUGUAUGGAAAUGGCAGCAGAAUCUAAUACAGGAUUUUAUCAUCAAUCGCUAUCGUUUCAAUCGGGGGCGAUAGGAGGGAGUUCAUCAUCUGAGAUGAUGUUGAUGGGUAAUUACUACAGUAGCUUUGGAAUGAAUUUCAACGUAAAUAGUAAUAAUGGUGGAGGAAGAGAGAUGUUGUAUGCUGGGAAUCCGAGUGGGAUUGCAAACGGUGGACGAAGUAGCAGUAAUCCAGGAAUGAGCCAGCCUGGAAGUUGUUCGAAUUCUUUUCUUAUUGAUUCAGUCCCCGGGCUUAAGCAUGACACUGGGUUGGCGGUAGAGUGGACGGUUGAGGAACAGUACAAACUCGACGAAGGACUUAUCAAAUUUGCCAAUGAACCCAGUAUAAUGAAGUACAUUAAGAUUGCAGCCACACUUCACGACAAAACUGUACGUGAUGUUGCAUUAAGAUGUAGGUGGAUGACGAGAAAGCGCAGGAAACAGGAAGACUAUAAUUUGGGAAAGAAAGUGAAAGACAGGAAGGAAAAAUCAGUAGAAGCAUCGGUGAAAACUGGUACUUCCUCAGCUUCCCCACUGAGCUUCAUUCCGUAUUCGCUCUCCUCAAACCAUCAUGACGCGAUGCCUUCUGCAGCAUUACUUGGAACGAGGCAUCUACUGGAAGAAAACAAUCAGGCUCUGAAUCAAAUUUCGGCAAAUCUCUCAACAGUCAAGUUGCAGGACAACUUUGAUCUCUUCAUCCGAACGAGGAAUAACAUAACGACAAUUUUAAACGACAUGAGAAAUAUGCCAGGGAUUAUGAGCCAAAUGCCACCCCUUCCGAUUUUGUUGAACGAGGAACUUGCUAGUAGUGUUUUGCCUAGUGCAACUCGGCCAAUGAUAUUCGCUUCCACAAGUGGAAUCCAGCUGAAACAAGAACCAGGCUGUUGAUGGAGAAAACACUUGGUGCCAAAUUUGGAUUACUAGCUUGUGUAAGUACACCAAUUUUUUUCUAUAAAUGCAUAAAAGCUGGCAGGCCUUUGCAGCUUGGAUAUACGACUGGGUUCUACAACAAGAAAUUUAACCAGAACACAUUUUUUUUGGAAACUGAACACGAGCACCAGGAAAUAACAGCCUCAUAUGUUGUUGCACAUCAUGGGGAAAACUGUUAGCUUGAUAAUGCACUUGCAAGUUCAUUUUCUUGUUUCCGCCGUCUGUGUGUAAAUUAAGGAGACAAAACGAUCUUCAAGUCCAUUUUCCAUGGUGCUUGAUUAACUUUUAGCUUUCCUAUAAUACCUGAACACUUGCGGAUUAUUGUGUUGUGUUGAAUUUGUUCCGUUCUCUGUGUAUAAUUCAUAGGGUAAAUAAUACUUCAUUUCUACUGA